AGAAACUCAAGAGUGCAUCAACUACAUUCAAGAAAAAUCUGGAGGAUCCAGAAUCAAUUGGGGAAUAGAAAUCUUCAACAGACUAGACAUUCCAUUAACAGCCAACGCCAUAGCCAUUAUUUGCGAAAACAUCUGGAGAAGAAGAAACAAGAAAAUCCACGAAGGAAUAACACUCAAAAACUUAAGAAAACAACUACUAGUACAGCAGCCUGGGAAAGAACAAAAAACAACAUAUACAAACUAAUCAGACAAGAAAAAAAAGCAACCAACAACGAACAAAUAAAAAAAUUCAGAAACAUCAUCUCCCUACAACUCGAAAGAUUUAGCAAACACUGGAACUCACCACUACACACAGUAGCACUACCAUCAAACCUCAACAAAUAUAUUACGUCACUAAACACACUCUACACCCCCCAACUU